AUGGUCAACGCUCUGUGGGCCACGUUAAUAUCGCUUGUUUUAAUCGGCCCUGUGUUAGCCAACGAUCUGUUUUCCCUGCCGCCUGCCACGAAUCACAGAGAGGAGUUGCUCGAGGACUAUGGCCGAUUCCUAAUGUCCACCAUGAACAGGAGCAUCGAUCCCUGCGAGAACUUCUACGAAUUCAGUUGUGGCGGUUGGAAGAAGGCGGAACUCGUGCCGGAGCAGGCCAGGAACACCAGUUUUCUCCACGCCAUCCAGCACAAGAUCGACGAGCAGGUCCUGGGAUUCCUGCAGAACGCCACCAAAAGGGAGCUUGAGGACCUGGGUGUUAAUGGCACCAAAUCGGCGGAGAUUAAGGCCAAACAAUUUUUCACCAGCUGUGUGGAAAUGAAGGCCAACUUGACGUUGGCUUAUCAGUACUUUCUGCAACUCGAUGGGGAUCGUUUGAAGGACACCAAUGCCACUUACGACUGGAUGUACAUCAACUUUAUGUCCAAAUACGACAUAUAUCCCCUGCUACCACUAAAGGUGCAUUAUAGUACCUCGACCAGGAAGUUUGAUAUGCUUCUGACUUUUCCCAGUAAAGUUCUAGCCGGCAUAAGUGAAGAGCAGCUGAAGAAUAUGACCAGGGAAUUUGGCUUGGCCUCGAAUGCAGAGAAGGCUAAACAGUUCACGGAGAACUUUGCCAACCUCACACAGUUUGAAAGGAACUUAGUUUCUGUCGCCAAAAUACGCAACGAAACAGAACAGUUAAAUUUCAAUUCUUUCCUGUCCAAACACAAACACGAUCGCUUAAAUUGGACGCGAUUUUUUGAACUGGCCUUCAAUGGCAGUCAGGAGUCCCACUGGCCAGUGCUCAAUCAACUGGAUAAUGUCAACGAUUUGGUUUACCUUCUGGAACAAACCAGUCUGGAAACGCUAAGGGGUUAUAUUAGAAUGCGGGAGCUGCUCAAGUUUUAUGGCCUGUGGAAAACUCAAACUAGAGUAGGGGGAGUUCAAAGUGAGUGUCGCUCUUUGUCGGAGACCUAUUUCAACUACGCUCUGCUGCCCUGGUUUAUUGGUAAGGUUUUCGAUAAGGAAAGGCGAGCCGAUAUUCUGAGUGUUGCCAAGGACAUCAAGGACACGUUUUACGAUCUCUUGGACCAUCACACCUGGUUGGAUGACGAAACUCGUUCGCAGGCUAAGACCAAACUGGCUUCCAUGGACAUUUUGGUGGGCUAUACAGAUGAUCUGCAGCAUCGCGAGUUGAUCGAUGGUGUUUACAAUGACAUCAAUAUGACCGGAAACUGGUUCGAGAACCUGUGCAUCCUGGAGGGAAGUAGAGCCAGGAUACGUCUGCGAUCGGUGGAUAAGGCGCUGAUUCCUCUUCUUAUGCCCACGAGGACUGUGAAUGCCUAUUAUGCUGAUUUCCUCAACCUGGCCUUUAUCACCAUCGGCAUGGCCCAGUGGCCCUUUUAUCAUAUGGAAUUUCCCGAUGUCCUGAAAUACGCUGGAGUGGGCAACAUUAUAGGCCAUGAAAUGGCCCACGGGUUCGAUUCCUACUGUUAUCAGUACAAUUAUGAUGGCAAGAAGAUCAACUGGUGGUCCUCAGCUUCGUUGAGGAACUUUAAAGAACGCUACCGCUGUCUGGAAUCGCAAUAUAAUAAAUUUAUUCUGAUGGGCGUCCAGACAAAUGGCAGCCUCACCUCCGGCGAUAAUAUAGCCGAUAAUGUUGGCACCCGAAUGGCGUAUUAUGCUUUCAAGCGGAAAACUGGCGACAAGGCUUGGUUGGAAAAACCCCUGAGGGGUGUGAGCUUCAACAACAAACAGCUGUUUUUCGUGAAGUUUGCACAAACCUGGUGCAACGGCAAGGAUAAUGGCGAUAAGCUGCGGAGACUGAAGACUGAUGUCCAUGCCUAUGAUGAGUUCCGGGUUCAGGGCACCUUGAGUAAUAUGCCCGAGUUUAGUGAGGCUUUCAAUUGUAAACUGGGCACGGAAAUGAAUCCGCUCAAGAAGUGCGUGGUUUGGUGA